CAGCUUGCCAGUACAGAUCAGAGACACCGGUAACAGACAGCAGUGUGGAUUAUGACUAGAAGUUAAAGCGACAAGACGGACGCUGAAGAUGUCAGUGGUGGGAUUUGACUUGGGUUUUCAAAGCUGCUAUGUAGCUGUAGCCCGAGCCGGGGGAAUCGAGACAAUUGCUAACGAGUACAGCGAUAGAUGUACACCAUCAUUUGUAUCAUUUGGACCACGAAACCGAUCAGUAGGAGCAGCUGCAAAGAUCCAGGUGGUGACCAACUAUAAGAACACAGUGCAGGGCUUCAAGCACUUCCAUGGCAGGGCCUUCUCAGACCCCUACGUCCAGGCAGCCAAGUCUAACUUGGUGUACAGCCUGGCACAGACGCCCUCAGGAGCCACUGGUAUAAAGGUGAUGUAUAUGGAGGAGGAGCGAGUGUUCAGCAUUGAGCAGGUCACCGGCAUGCUGCUGACCAAGCUGAAGGAGACUGCUGAAAGUGCACUGAAGAAACCAGUUGUAGACUGUGUCAUCUCUGUCCCGAGCUAUUUCACUGAUGCAGAGAGGAGGUCUGUCAUUGAUGCAGCUCAGAUCGCAGGCCUAAACUGUCUACGACUGAUGAAUGAGACCACUGCAGUGACUUUAGCGUAUGGUAUCUACAAGCAGGAUCUGCCUGCUCCAGAAGAGAAGCCCAGGAUAGUGGUGUUUGUGGACCUGGGCCACUCCAGUUACCAGGUGUCAGUGUGUGCCUUCAACAAGGGAAAGCUCAAAAUCCUGGCUACAGCAUUUGAUUCAGGUCUUGGUGGGAAAGACUUCGAUGAUAUCCUGGUCAACCACUUCUGCGAGGAGUUUGGGAAGAAGUACAAGCUGGAUGUCAAGUCUAAGCCCCGGGCUCUCAUGCGGCUCUACCAGGAGUGUGAGAAGCUCAAGAAGCUGAUGAGUGCCAACUCCUCUGACCUGCCUCUCAACAUUGAGUGCUUCAUGAACGACAUCGACGUUUCCAGUAAACUUCACAGAGGUCAGUUUGAGGAGAUGUGUGCAGAGCUGCUGGCCAAAGUAGAGGCUCCCCUGCGCAGUGUCAUGGAACAAGCCAAGCUCAAAAAAGAAGACAUCUAUGCAGUGGAGAUUGUUGGUGGUGCCUCCAGAAUCCCUGCCAUAAAAGAACGAAUCAGUAAAUUCUUUGGCAAAGAGCUGAGCACCACCCUGAACGCAGAUGAGGCUGUGGCCAGAGGCUGCGCGCUGCAGUGUGCUAUCUUGUCACCAGCUUUCAAAGUCAGAGAGUUCUCCAUUACAGAUGUUGUUCCCUAUUCCAUCUCCAUAAAAUGGAAUUCAGCUGCAGAGGAGGGCCUGAGUGAUUGUGAAGUUUUCCCAAAGAACCACGCAGCUCCCUUCUCCAAAGUUUUGACCUUUUACCGGAAAGAGCCCUUCACCCUUGAAGCUUACUACAGCAAUCCCAAGGAGCUACCCUACCCCAACACCACUAUAGGCCAGUUCCUGAUCCAGAAUGUGGUUCCUCAGGCAUCCGGGGAGAGUGCAAAGGUCAAGGUUAAAGUUCGGGUCAACGUUCAUGGUGUGUUCAGUGUUUCGAGCGCAUCCCUUGUAGAAGUCAUAAAAACUGGGGAGGGUGAGGAGCCGAUGGAGAUGGACCCGACAGUGAAGGAAGAGGAGAACAAAAUGCAAGUGGACCAGGACGAUCAGAAACAUGAAGUCGGAAGCAGCGGAGACAAGAAAUCAGAGAUUGAGGAGAUGGAGACAACAACAGAAGACACCAAGCAGGAGAAGAAGAAUGAUCAGCCCCCUCAGGCGAAAAAGCCCAAAGUGAAAACGAAGACAGUGGAGCUGCCCAUAGAGAACAAUUUGCACUGGCAGCUGUCCAGUGAAGUACUAAAUAUGUUUGUGGAGAAUGAGGGUAAGAUGAUAAUGCAGGACAAGCUGGAGAAGGAGAGGAAUGAUGCAAAGAACAAUGUUGAAGAGUAUGUGUACGACAUGAGAGACAAACUGCACGGAGUCCUGGAGAAGUUUGUUAAUGAAGCUGACCGUGAUGGAUUCUCAUUAAAACUGGAGGACACAGAGAACUGGCUGUAUGAAGACGGAGAGGACCAACAGAAACAAGUUUACAUUGACAAACUGGCUGAACUGAAAAAACUUGGCCAGCCUAUUCAUGAGAGGUACAUGGAAGCUGAGGAGAGGCCAAAAGCAUUUGAGGAGCUUGGCAGACAGAUCCAGAUGUACAUGAAAAUCAUUGAAGCUUACAAGGCAAAGGAUGAGCAGUAUGAUCACCUGGAUGAGCUGGAGGUGACUCGAGUGGAUAAGCAGGUGAAUGAUGCCAUGGCCUGGAUGAACAGCAAAAUGAACCAGCAGAACAAUCAGGACCUCACUCUGGACCCAGUGGUUAAAGUUGGGGAGAUCAAGGCCAAGACUAAGGAGCUUUAUUCAGCCUGCAACGCCGUGGUGUCCAAACCCAAGUCCAAGGUGGAGUCUCCUAAGGAAGAGAAGACAGAGAAUGGGCCAGUAAAUGGGCAGGAGCAAACAGAGAGCCAGCCAUGCAACCCAGACAAAGCCGCAUUCACAGGCACAGAACAGGAAACGGUGGAGAACAAGCUCCCUGAAAUGAACAUUGACUAACUGUUGCAGCUGCCACUCCUCUGAGUUUCACCUCCUCCUGUUCUGCUGAUGCUCUUGUUCUCCUGAGAUUGUUAUUGAUGACACAGUAGCCUCUAUUGAAGACACAGACAGCAUCAUCCCUAAUCAGUACUGCUCAUCACUCUGCCUCCUUGGCAUGUCAGUUAAUUUCUUUCAGUACAGAAAUAUUGCUUAAUAUUAAUAUUAAAUUGACUGCUUUAUGGCAUAAAGUUGUGAGCAUGGGAUGGAAACUGCUUUCUCCUGUUGCUUUGAUGGCUGUUUUGUUAAAUAUUGUUUUUAUUCAGCAGCUCCUGAUCACAUAAGAAUAAGAGUCAGAUUUGAACAAUUGUAAGCGAAGUGAUUCUGCAGAAGAAAUCUAAUAAUGCACACUGGAUUUGUAUUGGAAGUGUAAAAUAUUGCAGUAUAUCUAAA